AUGGGUCCGCCUUCUCUCGGGCCGACUGCACCGUUUGCCGAAGACUGUCUUCCACCGGAACUUGACUACGACUCUCGCGAUGACCUCCUCAUUUCGAUCAACGCUUGGGCUGCGACGCGGGGCUAUGCCUUCACAACGGGAAAGUCCACCAGAGCCAAGGGUGGCAGACAGACAAACGUCAGCGAAAGACAACAACCCGAGGGACGGGCUGUGAGUUUUCGAUUUUGGCCAAAGAAUCAGCCGACAGGCAAUCUUGGGCUGUGCGACACCGCCCAGACAAACGAUUUUCCCUGCAUAAUCACGCGCCCAGUCGCCACCCUUCUGCUCAUCCUGCUCAUCAUAUUCGGACCUAUAUACGACAGAACUGCGAUUCUCUUGCCACACAACAAGACAUUUACAAUGGAAUUGCAGCUACCAAGAGAGAUGUAUGCGAAGGGCAAAGUUCAAUUCACGCUUUGGCCAGUCAGCUCGACCAGGAGGGGUUUUGAGUCGGAUCCACCCGGCCAAGACGGCCGAGUGACCGCAGUCCUGUUCGCUCAUCCAGAGUCCUUGACGUAUCUCCAGGCAUACCCAGAUGUCUUGUUGCUAGAUUGCACGUACAAGACGAACAAACACGGCAUGCCGCUCCUCGACAUGAUAGGAGUAGAUGCUUGUCAGCGAUCAUUUUGCAUAGCAUUUGCAUUCCUUGGUGGGGAGACCGAAGCUGACUUCGUGUGGGCGUUGGAUCGCCUGAGGUCACUGUACGAACACCAUAGCGCCCGCUUACCCUCUGUCGUCCUAACAGACCGCUGCAUCGCCUGUAUGAACGCCGUUGCCAUUUCCUUUCCCACUUCUUGCUCACUACUCUGUCUGUGGCAUGCCAACAAGGCCGUCCUCCGCUAUUGCCGGCCAGCCUUCGUCCGCCAGGACCAACCGGAGUCCACAAACGCAGAGACAAUUGAUACGUCAGAGAGCAACGGCUGGUCUGAGUUCUACCAAUUCUGGCACUCGAUCAUGGCUGCACCAAACGAAGAAGCAUUCAAGGACCGAGCUACGCAAUUCGAGAAGAACCUGCCCGCUGCGCUUUGGAGAGCUGCUUCAAGAGACUACGUCGUCGAUGCAUUCACGAUCGGUGUCACCAUCGGAGAUCGAACCCUUACAAUUCUGCCCACUACAGCUCCAGACCAUCCUCCUGCCCAGUCGGGUCAGUCCUUUCACGCCGAAAUAGGUUCAGUUGCCACGACCUUCCCGGUGACCAAGAUUCCGGGCCCGUACCGGGUCCGCCCCGCGAUGCCACUGAGCUGCUGGUAUCGCCACCACCUAUCUCACCUGACUUGCCAGCCCCACCGCCGCCGAAAUAUGAUUCACCAGAAGCUAUACACAAAGUUAUACCGCUGCAAGAAGCGCAUGAUCACUGAAGACAUUGAAGACACUGAAGACACCGAAGACACUGAAGACACCGAAGACACCGAAGACACUGAAGACACCAAACUGAGUCCCGUCGAACUAUUAGCGUUCAGCGAAGUCGCGAUGGCCGAAGAUAACAACAACAUGCAGCCGGACGUCCUCAGCGCCCUGGUUGCCGAGAUACGAAGUCUGAGAGAAGAGAGUUCCCGAAGAAACACCCAGUUUGAAGAACGUUUUAUUGCCCUGGAACUCCAACAACACCAGCAAGCCCGUUCGUCUGAACUCCUAGAGCCAACGCCAUCUGUCACCCCGGCUGUCCCCAUUGAGGACACCCGUGUGGUCGCCACUCACAACCCUCACCCAACCAAGCGCCCCAAAUUACGAGACAUACCGAAAUUCGGCGGCGACAAGGCCCAGUGGCGAAGCUGGAAACUAGAAACCGAAGGAAAGCUACGAGUCGACAAAGAAGCCCUUGAGAUGCAGAAGGCCACUUUAUGCAAGGCUAAAGACAACGUGACCACAUUUGUGGAGAUGCAAACCGAGAAGAAAACGUUCAAUGUUGCUGAACUACUCAACCGCCUCGAAUUGCUGUACGGGGAGAGGGAUCGCAAGCAGAGAGCUACACGCAACCUGCAUUCGAUUAAGCAAGGAGAGAAUGAACCGUUCACGUCCUUUACCCCGCUUUGA